AUGGCGUCUGUCACAACCUCCGCGCAAGCUGCGGCUAGGGUCGCCUACCUUGCGAGCGAUGUCAUACUCUCUGUUCAGCCAUCGCUACAAGCGGACUCCAUCUUCUCCGACUCAUUAAAGACACAGGCCAAGAACCUUGACCGCAGCGUCUUAUUGAAGGGCACACCAGAGAUCCGAUCUGUCCGUUUCAAUGAAGAUCCUCUCCUCUCCGCCUUCUAUCCCCUCCAGCAAGGCAAGCUGGUUACAGUCACGACAUCGUCUUCUGUACUGCUCAGCUCAAUUCCUCACCUCUACCGACUUGCCAACUACCCCAUUGUGUUGCAUGUUGCCAUUGAGUCCUCAGACUUCAGCGCCAUCAGCUCAAUCCGUCAAUGCGGAUUCACUUUCCUCCAAUCCGAGACUAUUCAGGAAGCUCAAGACAUUGCCUUGACAGCACAUGCUUUGGCUCUCAAGUCCGGAAAAGGUGUUAUUCACUUCUUUGAUCCCGCCAAUUCCGCCAGCGAUGCUGCUAUUAUCCCAGAAGAUUAUGAGGUUGUCAAGACAGUUUUGGAUUUGGAUGCUAUCCGACCUUCCUACAACCAGUCCGCUGACAGCCAGACUCUCUACGCUGAUUCUGGACGACUGCCAACAGUCUCUGAAGACACUGUUGGAGCUCCUUCUACCGCUGAAUCCGCCCCAACUUCAACACUCCCCACUACCGCCGCAUCAUUGAGCCAGGAAACUUCUUCUGUGGGAUCAUCUCGUCGAGACAGCAGUGUUGACAGUCAUGCUUUGAGCUCUGCUGCGACAACUGUGGACGGCUCAAGCGUACGACCCAUCAACUCUGCAGAUAUCUUCAGAUGGUCAUCCGAGAUUUGGGAGACCCUUGCAAAGCUCACGAGCAGACAGUACCAAGCAAUUGAGUACACCGGCCCGCAAGACGCAAAGUCUGCCAUCUUCAUUUUCGGAUCUACCGGUGUUUUUGUUGACGCUUUGAGCGAUGCCAAUACCAGUGCUGAUUUGAAGGAGGUUGGAAUCAUCACAGCCCGUCUCUAUCGUCCCUGGAUCGGAAGUCAGGUUUCAAGCCAGAUUCCCAAAUCUUUGAAACAGAUUGCUGUCCUAGAGCAAGUGCGAAAGACCACCAGAUGGGGUCCAUCUUUCUUAGACCUCCUCUCUAGCUUGUCUUCCGCCCAAGGACAGUCUCCUCGUCUUGUUGGGUACCGUCUUGGCCACGUCGAGCCAUCAACCGUCGACCAGGCCUUGCGCGGUAUUUUGCAAAACCUCACAUCUGAGUCGCCUAUUCAAAACCUUGAAGUUGGUAGCCACGAAGUCCCCACCACAAAGGAAGAUUUGGCCCAGCCCGCUCUCGAAAAUGCUUACACAAAGAUCUUGGACCAACUAUUCGGUCAGCGGUUGUAUGUUGCCAACCAACUAGGUGCCAAAAAUGCUGGUAUUUCUGCUACGAUCGCUGCUAGCCCUGAAUAUGGAUUUGGAUCUCUGCUUGCAAGAUCUGAGCACCGCGAGCGAUUCAUCACAGAAGUGGAGGAGGCUGCAAAGUCAUCAACAUUUGCCACUGAUGCACCAGCACAAUUGUUGUCCAAAUGGGCAUUGAGCGCACGAGAUACCGCCAAGGUCAAUGCUCUUGCCGAAGAUGUUGUUGGGCGUUUGAAGAUGGACGAUUCUCAAGUCGCAAAACAGCUUCUCGAAAAUCACAAGCUUUUCUUCAAGGAGUCUCAAUGGCUUAUUGGAUCCGAUGCCUGGGCAUACGACCUUGGCAACUCUGGUGUUCACCACGUUCUCGCAUCCGGCGCUAAUGUGAAUAUGCUCAUCAUUGAUUCCCAACCAUACUCCGAGCAUGCUGCUGCCGACCCUACCCGCAGAAAGAAGGAUAUUGGCUUGUAUGCUAUGAACUAUGGAAACGCAUAUGUUGCCUCCGUUGCCGUUUAUGGCUCUUAUACCCAGGUUUUGCAAGCUAUGGCAGAGGCUGACCAGUACGAUGGACCUUCCGUUGUUGUCGCUUAUCUACCUUACCACAAGGAGAACGAGUCUCCAUUGACCGUCCUUCAAGAGACAAAGAAGGCCGUUGAUAUUGGCUACUGGCCACUCUACCGCUGGAACCCUGGCAACGAUGAGAAUGGAGAGCCCAAGUUCUCUCUUGACUCUGAGCGCAUCAAACGCGAACUUGAAGAGUUCCUUCGCCGAGAUAACCAGCUCACUCAGCUUAUGAGACGCAACCCCAAGUUUGCCAACAACCUUUCUGAAUCUUACGGAACCGAAGUUCGCGCACUUCAGAAGCGCAAGGCCAAGGAUUCGUAUGAGAAGCUGUUGGAAGGACUCUUCGGUGCUCCACUUACCAUUCUUUAUGCUUCUGAUAACGGCAAUGCUACGAAUAUCGCUAAGCGACUAGGCAACCGUGGACGUCUCCGAGGUCUCAAGACCUUGGUCAUGGCUAUGGACGAUUAUCCUAUCGAGGAUCUUGCCACAGAGGAGAACAUCGUGCUCAUCUCGAGUACCGCUGGUCAAGGUGAAUUCCCUCAGAAUGGUCGCGCAUUCUGGGAAGUUAUCAAGAGCUCUGGCGAUCUCGAUCUUUCUUCUGUUAAGUAUUCCGUUUUCGGAUUGGGCGAUAGCCAUUACUGGCCCCGUAAGGAAGACAAGAUCUAUUACAACAAGCCUGCCAAGGAUCUUGAUGCUCGCAUAUCUUUCUUGGGUGCUAGCAAACUCACUGAGAUUGGAUUGGGCGACGACCAAGACCCAGAUGCUUUCCAAACCGGUUACGCUGAAUGGGAGCCCCGUCUAUGGCAAGCUUUGGGAGUCGACAAGAUUGAGGGUCUUGCUGAUGAGCCUCCACCAUUGACCAACGAGGAUAUCAAGAUAGCCUCCAACUUCCUCAGAGGUACAAUUGCUGAGGGACUCUUGGACGAGAGCACUGGUGCUAUUUCUGCCAGUGAUUCUCAGCUCACCAAGUUCCAUGGAACCUAUAUGCAGGAUGACCGUGACUUGCGUGAUGAGCGCAAGGCACAAGGUCUUGAGCCUGCUUAUUCUUUCAUGAUUCGUUGCCGACUCCCCGGUGGUGUUGCUACACCUCUACAAUGGUUGCAAAUGGACGAAAUCAGCAGUGCACAUGGAAAUGAGACCAUGAAGCUUACGACCAGACAAACAUUCCAAUUCCACGGUGUCAUCAAGAGCAAGCUUCGCCCAGCGAUGCGCGCCAUCAACAAGGCAUUGAUGACCACCCUUGCUGCUUGCGGUGAUGUUAACCGUAAUGUCAUGUGCAGUUCCCUUCCUGAGCUUUCUGCAUACCAUCGUGAAGUGUACGCUAUCUCGCAGAAGAUUUCCGACCACUUGCUCCCCGCAACCACUGCGUACCAUGAGAUUUGGUUGAAGGAUGAUGAUGACAAGAAGGUCCUCGUUGCAGGAGACGCCGUUCAAGAUUAUGAGCCUCUGUAUGGCCCUACCUACCUCCCUCGUAAAUUCAAGAUCACCAUUGCUAUUCCUCCUCACAACGAUACCGAUGUCUAUGCUCACGAUAUUGGUCUCAUUGCUAUCAAGGGUUCUGAUGGCCAUCUUGAAGGUUUCAACUUGAUUGCCGGUGGUGGUAUGGGUGUGACACACAACAACAAAAAGACCUACCCCCGAACUGGUUCCAUGUUUGGUUUCGUCCCAACUGAUAAGGCACACAUUUUCUGCGAGAAGAUCAUGCUUGUCCAGCGUGACCACGGUGACCGCAAGAACCGUAAACAUGCCCGUCUGAAGUACACCAUCGACGACAUGGGUGUCGAGGUCUUCAAGGGCAGGGUCGAGGAGAUCAUGCCUGAGGGUCUCAAGUUUGCUGAGCCUCGUCCUUUCAAGUUUGUGUCUAACAUUGACACCUUCGGCUGGCAAAAGGAUGAAAAGGGCUUGAACCAUUUCACUUUCUUCAUUGAGAAUGGUCGUAUUGAAGAUACAGCCGACUUCCCUAUGCGAACUGGCCUACGAGAACUCGCCAAACUCAACAAGGGUGAAUUCCGUUUGACUGGUAACCAGCACGUCAUCUUGUCAAACAUCGAGGACUCUGACCUUCCCGAGAUCAAAGCUCUGUUGGCCAAAUACAAGCUUGACAACACCGCAUUUAGUGGCUUGCGUCUCUCAUCUUCCGCAUGUGUUGCCUUCCCCACCUGCGGUCUUGCCAUGGCUGAGUCCGAGCGCUACCUGCCCGUCCUUAUCGACAAACUCGAGUCCACUCUCGAAGAGAACGGCUUGGGCAAGGAGAGCAUCGUCAUGAGGAUGACCGGUUGCCCUAACGGCUGCGCUCGUCCAUGGCUCGCCGAAGUCGCCUUUGUCGGCAAGGCUUAUGGUGCUUACAACAUGUACCUUGGUGGUGGUUACCAUGGCCAGCGUUUGAACAAGCUCUACCGCUCUUCGAUCAAGGAGGACGAGAUUUUGGAUAUCAUGAAGGGUCUUCUCAAGCGAUACUCUCUUGAGCGCAAGACCGAUGGUGAGAAACCUGAACGUUUCGGUGAUUGGUGUAUCCGCGCCGGAGUUAUCAAUGAGACUACCGAGGGCAAAUAUUUCCACGACAACACUGCCGAAGCAGAAGAAGACGAAGAGUAA